GGGGCGGUGCGGCGGGAGGCGCUUCCGGAGAGCGGGGCCUGCGCGCUGCUCUUCCCCGCGGAGCCCGCGCAGUCCGCGCAGCCCGCAUUGCGACUGGGCCCGCGCGCAGGCCUUACAUAGGAAGUCCUUCUAAAGAGCUGCCUGCCAGCUACCCUUCCCCAGAUCCCGAAUAUCCUCCUGGCCAGGUGGAGCAGAGAACAGUCCCUCAGCUGGUCAUGCUGAGCUCAAACCCUGAUGGCUGCUCCAUGAGGUCAAGACUGGGUCUCCUCCCUCCUCCCCCUUCACCAAUGCCUGGUCUCACGGGGCUAGUUUUGACCCCCACGCUAUGGCAUCAUCGACCUCCCUCCCAGCUCCUGGCUCUCGGCCUAAGAAGCCUCUAGGCAAGAUGGCUGACUGGUUCAGGCAGACCCUGCUGAAGAAGCCCAAGAAGAGGCCCGACUCCCCAGAAAGCGCCUCCAGCGAUGCUUCACAGCCUACCUCACAGGACAGCCCGCUACCCCCAAGCCUCAGCUCAGUCACAUCUCCCAGCCUGCCACCCACACACGCGAGUGACAGCGGCAGUAGUCGCUGGAGCAAAGACUAUGAUGUCUGCGUAUGCCACAGUGAGGAGGACCUGGUGGCCGCCCAGGACCUGGUCUCCUACUUGGAAGGCAGCACUGCCAGCCUGCGCUGCUUCCUGCAACUCCGGGAUGCAACCCCAGGCGGCGCUAUCGUGUCCGAGCUGUGCCAGGCACUGAGCAGUAGUCACUGCCGGGUGCUGCUCAUCACGCCGGGCUUCCUUCAGGACCCCUGGUGCAAGUACCAGAUGCUGCAGGCCCUGACCGAGGCCCCAGGGGCCGAGGGCCGCACCAUCCCCCUGCUGUCGGGCCUCAGCAGAGCUGCCUACCCACCUGAGCUCCGAUUCAUGUACUACGUCGAUGGCAGGGGCCCUGAUGGUGGCUUUCGUCAAGUCAAAGAAGCUGUCAUGCGUUGUAAGCUACUACAGGAGGGAGAAGGGGAACGGGAUUCAGCUAUAGCAUCUGAUCUACUUUGACUUUUAGGAGACAGCCCUGUAGCCUAGUAGUUCAAAGUGCAGCCUUCGGAAAAGGCUGUUGGGGUUUGCAUCCUGGCUCCUGUACUUAUUAUCAACCCAUAAAAAGUAACGUGGUCAAGUUACUCACCCCCUCUGUGCCUUGGUUUCCUCACUGACCACCAGGUUUCCAUUGCUAUGAAAUGAGAACAGUAUAUACACUAAGGGCUCAGAACAUGGCCUAGCACAUGUAUUCAUAACAGGCAGAGCCUAGCACAAAUCAGGUCCUCAAUAAGUUAGUAGCUAGUAGUAGUAACAGUAACAGCAUUAGGUUUCUCUGAGAUUAGGCUGGAGAUGUCCAUCAGGAGCUGGGAAGGUGCCGGGAGGGACAUUGAUUUAGUAAGGCAAAAUGAUGCAAAAUAAUAGGAAAGAAGUGCAUGUAAGUGUAUCUGGGGAGGGCCAUGCUAUUGCAGUAGUUUUGGAAGUGUGGUAAUAGAUAAAAAGGUAGAAGAGGCAGGACCUGUUGGGGAAAACAGAGAUGCUGGGUUUGGAAGGGGUGACAACGCUGUGAUUGGUCUCUUUCAGAUCUGCAGACACUCAGUUGACACUUGUUAUAUCACGGGACCCCGGAAGUUGGAGUAAAGCUGGAAACAGAAAACCCAUGCAGGGCCUCGGAUUCCCACAGAUGUGACAAGAGGUAUAGGGAGCGAGUCUGCAGCACUUUGCUCAUGACCCUGGGAUCAGAGCACCCAUCAGGCUUCCAUUACUGUGGGCUCCCUAAGAAGACCAUGGAGAGGUUGGGGACUCCCCUAUGAAGGCCGUGAAGCUGGGGAUUCCCCCUAAGAAAGCCAUGAGGAAGCUGGGGACUCCCCAAGAAGGCCAUAAGGAAGCCAGAAAUUGGAGGUGGUAGGAGGUGGUACUGAUCAAUGAUGGCCAGCAGGGCUCAUCUCCUGCCUAACUGGACAGGAAGCCUGGUACCCACUUCUGUCUUCCCCUGCAACUGGGCACUGGCAUACACUGGUAUCACUCCUAAAGAGGUGACUCACCUGACUAAUCAGCAAGAAGCCUAGAUUGCAGGCCUCACCAUGGAUGGUCUUCCCAGUUGCCUGGGGAAACCCUGGAAUGGGCGUCAGGAGAAAGCAAGAAUCCAGUCCUUCACACUCACACUACUCUGUUCUUCUUCCCAGAGACAUCGAUUCACUUCAGAAAGCUGUAGGGAAGAUGCAGUCAGCACUGCACUGUAUUUCUUAUUUAUUGCCUAAGUGCCAUUAAAGACACAAACCUAGAAGCCUAGAAGCCAUUCUGAAUAUGGGGGUGGGGUGGUGGAGGGAGCAAGUGAAGAGAUGGGAAGCCAGGGCUCAGGGUUCAACGCCUUCACCUGAGAUCACAAGCCCAUGGAUGCUGUGACAUCUGGGAGCUUCAUCAGUGGUCUGGCUAAAGCUGAUACUUUCACAGUCACCAUCUUUACCUUUGGACUGAGAAGAAUCAGCAUUUUUCUUCUGGCAGAUGACUGCAUUCCUUAUAGGACAGGCAAGGUUUCAUUCAUCUGUUCUCAGUAAGUUUGUUGUUGAACUGAAAUGAAUUUCAUUAUUUCCUCCAA